GUGCGCACCGCGCACAAGGUGCAGGCGAGCCUGGUGGUGGUGCUGACGCGGGGGGGCGCCACGGCGCGCCUGGUGGCCAAGUACCGCCCCACGGUGCCCAUCCUGACCGUGGUGGUGCCGGUGCUGACCACCGACAACCUGACGUGGCAGUGCUCCUCUGAGGCGCCCGCGCGCCAGUGCCUGUCCUCGCGCGGCCUCGUGCCCAUCCUGGCAGAGGGCUCCGCCAGGGCCAGCGACAGCGACACCACCGACGAGAUCCUGCAGGCGGCGCUGGAGCACGCCAAGGACAUGAACCUGUGA